GUGUUGAUCGACUGAUCGACGGGAGGCGCGCGCCGCGCGUCGCUGGUGCCAUUCUCCGCUCCUGCACGUCGCAGAGUACAGCGCACCCCGGUCUCUGCGCGCUCCCCGCUACAUCAUGUCCGACGCUCAUGUAACAGCCCCGGCCGCCCCAGGCCGCCCUAUGCACGAGCACGCCCCCUCGCCCGACGCCGCCCAGGACGACGACGAUCGCCCGCGCGCCGACCCCGACCGCCCCCAGUCGGAGCGCGUCCGCUUCGCAGAGCCCUCCUCUGCUGCGUCUGGCGACUCGGAAGGCGUGCCCCUCUCCCGCACGCGAGUACCUCCCUCUCCUGCCAUGCCUCCGCUGUCUCUCCCUCUCCAUUCUCAAUAUCUGGACGUCCUCGACAUCAGCUGGCACGCCAACCUCCGCUACGACGCCCGUCUCGGCGACGACGACGGCGACGAGCCCCCAUACGGCUCCUACCACGGGCCCCGCGAUGCCCCGCAUCUCCGCCAUGUCCGCAUCGAGACCCUCCUGGGGCCCCGGGGUUUCCCAAGGUCGCUCUUCGCCCAGCGACACAGAGCAGCGCCCUACUGGCCAGCUGCCCUUUUUGAUCCACCCGCCGAUCCGUUCAUCUCCGUCCUACAACGCGAGCUCAUCUUCGCUCUCUUCAUGACCAUCGGUUGGGCAUGGUCUGCCUUUGGCAUAUUCUUCGCCCAUCUCGCCCGCCAUCACACCGACUACAACGUCACACUAACCGAGGUCCUCUCCGGCCAGUACAUCGAGACCGGACCAACCGUCAUCUGCGCCGUCUGGAAGGGACCCGGUCCCUACGCCUUUCCUUCUGUCUUCGGUACUAUCACCAUUGACAUAUCCUUCGUCACCGCAGUCCUCUUCCCCUACCCAUACUACACCAUCGGCAAGGUAGUCGUCCUUCCCCUCGUCCUUCAUGCCAGCCUUUGUAUUCUGGCGAGCGCGACUAUCUUCGCAAGUACGAUCAUCGCACAGUAUGCGAGUGCUCUCGCGCGCUCACUAGAACUAGUACUCGAGUCUGCGAUUCGCGAACAUCGCUCCAUCUUCAAGCUUUCUCCCUCUGGCUCCGACUUCUCUGCGACCGCCAAGAAGAUAUCCCGUCUCGUGACAAGGGCAGGGGGCGGGCUCGGUCUCGCCGCUGCCGCACCACGUCUCGUCAAGAGUGACAUUGCUUUUGGGCGGUUCGCGCCCAGCGACGUCGGGCGCGUGCAGGAGUUCGGACGCGGUCUCAUUGUGCGCGCGAACGGGCUCGAUAUCUUCCCGCUCAUUGACCUGACGCGCGAGCGGUUCCCCGUCACACCCCUUCCCAGUAACCCACCUGUCAGUUCUCGUCGACAAUCAUCGCAUCCAGGCACCACAGCGAUCGGCCGCGCCUCGGUGGUGAUCGAGAUGAUCGACGCAAUUAUAUCGCUCGAGGAGAACAAGGGGAGGCUACAUUGGAGAUUCCAGAGGUUGUACAAGUAG